GCAGCCACCAUGUCCAUGGUCUUCGACGAGUACGGCCGGCCCUUCAUCAUCCUGAAGGAGCAGCAGGCCAAGAGUCGCAUCAAGGGCCUGCAGGCCCAGAAACACAACAUCAUGGCCGCGCGCUCGGUCUCCGGCUUGCUGCGAACCUCAUUAGGCCCAAAAGGGAUGGACAAGAUGAUGGUCUCGCCCGACGGCGACGUGACGAUCACGAACGACGGCGCGACCAUCUUAGAUAAGAUGGCGGUCGAGCACCAGGUCGCGAGAUUACUUGUGGAGUUGUCGCAGUCCCAAGACGACGAGAUCGGCGACGGGACGACGGGCGUUGUCGUGUUAGCUGGUGCUUUGCUCGAACAGGCCGAGAAGUUGCUCGAUCGCGGAUUGCAUCCCGUGCGAGUGGCGGAAGGCUUCGAAGCGGCCUGCCAGGUCUCGCUAGAAACCCUCGAGAAGAUCGCGGACACGGUGCACUUCGAGAAGAAGGUGGAUGAUAAAGUACUGGUCGAGACGGCGUCGACCACGCUCUCGUCGAAGAUCAUCAACGUGCACAAGAGGAAGAUGGCGCAGAUCGCCGUACGCGUUUCCGUGUCUGACACUUCAACGUGGCGGCGACGGCGCGGCCGCGUCGCGUCGACGGCGUCGCGGGCCUCGCAGAGCGUGCUGUUCGAGUUUGGGUGGAAACGAGACGCGUCGCUUCCACAACGCAGGUCGACGCCGUGUUAAGUGUCGCGCAGACGGUGGGCGACCACACGGACGUGAAUUUCGACCUGAUCAAGAUGGAGGGCAAGCCCGGCGGGCGGCUGGAGGAGACGGAGCUGAUCAAGGGCAUCGUCAUCGACAAGGACAUGAGCCACCCCCAGAUGCCCAAGGAAAUCCGGGACGUGAAGAUGUGCAUCCUCACGUGUCCGUUUGAACCCCCAAAACCCAAGACGAAGCACAAGCUCGACAUCAGUUCGAAGGAGGACUACGACAAGCUUUUCAGCGGGAGCAGGCCUACUUCGGGGACAUGGUCGAGCAGUGCAAGGCCUGCGGGGCGAACCUCGUGAUCUGCCAGUGGGGCUUCGACGACGAGGCGAACCAUUUGCUGUUGCAGGCGGAGCUGCCCGCGGUGAGAUGGGUCGGCGGCGUCGAGCUCGAACUCAUUGCGAUCGCGACCGGUGGCCGCAUCGUCCCUAGAUUCUCGGAGCUCGAUGCGUCCAAACUAGGCCGGGCCGGAGUCGUGAGGGAGGUGUCCUUCGGCACGACCAAAGAAAGG